UCGGAAGUUCGAUAUGGCGACUAGUUGAGUUUGUUCUAGCCUGAUAGGGCCUUCGGGGCUUUAACCGCUAAGCGUUUUAGAGUACAAUGGCAAAGUGGGAUUCUAAAAACUUAGAAAUUCGUAGCAAAUCUGUGGAGCAAACUCUGGUGCCCCUUGUGACUCAGAUAACUACGCUUGUUAACCACAAAGACCAUGGUCGGCGAUCGGAGAGAGCUUUGAAGGCGAUUCAUGAGAUUGGACGAGUUGUAGCAAUUGCUGUCGAUCGCUUUGUUAGUGUUGGCGAACAGAUCGCAUCAGAAAAUGAAGACGUGGCUGAAGAAAUGCGUACAGCAUGUGAAGAAGCCAAGAAAUCUGGACAAACAAUCUUUAAUCUGACAAGUUUUACGGGCGAUUCUAUUAACGGAGAUGGCGUACCGAAUGGAACAGAUAAAACUAGUAUGGUUCGUGCAGCACGAUCGUUAUUAUCUGCUGUAACAAGAGUAUUAAUAAUUGCAGAUUCUGUUGUUGUGAAGAGACUGCUGGCAGCAGUUAAAAAGGUUGAUGACAGGCUUAAACAGCUGGAAACUGUGAACACUUUUACAGAUUUUGUGCAGGCAUUUAGUCAGUUUGGAUCUGAUAUGGUUGAACUUGCUCACUUGUCAGGUGACAGACAAAAUGAUUUAAAAGAUGAUACUUUGAAAGCUGAAAUGGGAGCUGCCCGGUCUAUUUUGGAGAAAUCCACAAUGAUGCUGUUGACAACAUCUAAGACGUGUCUGAGGCAUCCAGACUCCAGAUCUGCUAAAGGCAACAGAGAAGGUGUUUUCAAGAAGAUGAGAGAAGCCAUGGCAACAAUCACGUCAGUGGUCCAAGACGAACCUAAGGAGGAAGAAGGAGAUAAGGGAUGUUUGGCAAUGGAUUUAGGACAUUUUGAAGCUUGCCUAGAGGCAUACAAACAAAGCUCACCAGAUGACAGUGAAUCCAAGAUACAAUUUCAAAGGGCAUUUGCAAAUAUCCUUGGCGAUGUGCAGUCCGUUAUUGAUUCUCCUCAUACAAGGAAAGAGAAGAGAGAGAAAAUUGUGGCCUUGUGUGAAAAUGCGCAGGAUAUCAUGAAAGACAUCUUAGAAAGACAAAAGAACAACAAGAAUGAAGAUGCAACUAGUAUUGACACAUUAGAUAUGGCAUUGCAGAGGAUUUGCAAAACUUCAAAAGAUCUUAGACAUGAGGUCCAUCAAGUUGCUACAGAUCAAGUGUUUGAAACAUUUUCACAUUUGGGUCAUAAAAAGUCUUUACCUGCCUUGAGGAAUGCAGCUGCAUCUGGCAGUUCAGCUCAGCUGGAGAGUCUAGCCAAUGUUUUCACACAAGAUGCAAAACGACUGCAAGAGGUAUCCAGGGUUACAAGAAAUAUGGCGUCCAAUAAACCCAUGGCUAUCACAGCAAAAAAAGUAGAAGAAAAUAUUGAUACGCUUUGUCCCCAGGUUAUACAUGCUGCAAGAACAUUAGCAGCUCAUCCUGUCAGCAAGAUUGCUCAGGAGAACAUGGAAGUCUUUGUGGAUGUUUGGGAAGCACAAGUUGAAGAACUUGGCAAAGUGCUGAGACUCAUUACUGCUGGUGGAGACCCAAGUAAAAAUGUUGUGGCAGAAGAAGAAAGUCAGGGGCUAAGGAAAACAAGUGAAUCUCGUGUAGAGCAACUGCUGCAAAAGUCGUCCAGUAGAAGAAGUAGCAGUGCUUCAGUUGAAGAAAAUGAGGAACCUGAGAAAGCAGUGGUUGAUUCACAGGAACAAGAGAAGCUUGGCAAACUUAUUACUAAUGUUAACUUAAUGACAUCGCAACUUGAGCUGCACUACUUUGAAGACACAGAUAACGAAAUAGUCAUUAGAGCAAGAGAGAUGUCAGAGAUGGUCAGUGAAAUGUAUCUCUUUACAAGGGGAGAGGGAUCUCUUAAAACCACAGAGGAUCUAUUUGAAGCUUCCCAAAAUUUUGCAGAUGCAGGCAAGGCACUUCACAGAGUUGCAAGAAAAUAUGCCUCAAAGGCAGAAGAAAACCCAAUGAAAAAAGAGUUGUUAAGAUACGUGGAUAAAAUCCCUGCCUAUUGUCAUCAACUCUUGUUCACAAGCAGAUCACUAGCAGUUGGGCAGUCAGCUUGCUGUAGAAAGGUGUGGGGAGUAAUGCAUUUAACAAAGAACGUAAUAAAAAUUGUGGCACGAGUUGUCAACAGCUGUUACCUGUUAGCUGAAAGGAAUUCUCCUCUCAAAUUACCCCCAGACCAAAGAUUAUGGCAGAUAGAUGAGAGUAUUUUCUCAGAGGAGUCUUCAAUAGGAACAAUAUCAAGACGUUCUUCACUACAGAGCCUUGAGAACAAUGAAAGUGAGCUAAGAACAACUGUGGAGGAUUCAAAUGGAGUUGUGAUGAAGACAGAACUGUAAUGUUAAAGCCAGGAGGAUAAUGCUCAAUAAUUAAACUCGUAUUGUCCAAUGAGAAAUAGCUCAUCAGACAACUAUCUUGUUGCCAUGAAAACAGAUCAUGUGCUUAGCAACAUCUUCAAUGCAACAAGCAGACAGAGUGUUAGAUCACAUACAAAAUAUUCCCUCAACAGAAGACAGUUUUUGUUCUUCCCAAAUGAGCCUCAUUUUUUAAGGGGACUUCCCAGAACAGAAGUGUAACAUUUUGUUCUUUUUGAGUAAAUAUGUAUGGCACAUACAUAGGAUGCCCUUUCAGCGAUGUCCAAUGCAUCCCAACUCAAAAGUAAAAACAAAAAUGACCAUCAAAGCAAAUAUUUGAAGUAACAGGAUUUUUCCCCUUGCAAUAUUUUAAUAAGAUAAUUUGGUUUUACCAAGUGAAAUAAUAAGGUAAAUUGGCCACCCUAAAGAGUUACUACAGCUGACAUUUCAAGCACUGGCCCUGCAUCAGAGCAAAAGACUAACACUUGCUUUGACAAAGGGGUAGCACUCAGAAUGUCUACUUUUGAAAGUCUCUAUGGUGGCCAAUCUACAUUAUCAACUUGGUGGAUAAAACCAAAUUAUUUUGUAAUACACCCCACCGCCACAGCACCACAGUUUCUUUGGAGACUUACCCCCUUAAAAUAUUUUAAUAAGUAAAGCUUAGUAUAUUGAGCUUUUGGAGUACAAUACUGAGAAAUAUGUUUAUAAAUUAUCAUCCAUUAGGUUUUUAUUUACUUUCAUCUUCAAUAUCAUUUAUUUACCUCUUCACUUAAUACCUUAUUUUUAUCCAUUACGGUACAGUUAAUUUCCUGCUUCAGUUGGUAUGAGUAAGUCUUCUCUUUCUCCUGUUGGUCUCAAAUUCAAUUUAGUCAAAACCCAGAUGAACUUGUUAAAAUUCAAUUUGGUUUUGUCAUCUGAGUUGAUAAUGUGAAUUGGCUGCUGUAAAGAGUUUCUAACGCUGAUGCUUGAAAGUCAGUUUCAGAGACUCUUUGUGGUGGCCAAUUUACAUCAUCAACUUGGUUGAUAAAACUAAUUUGAAUUGUUAUACCUCCUGAUAAUGCAGCACCACAGGUUUUUUUUAAUAAACUUACCCCUUUUGAACAUGUUAAAGUUGGGUUUAAACAUUUCAGUAAUGUACUUACAUUUUCAUCACAAGAGAAAUUCUAUACAGUGGCCAAUUUUAUUUCCAACUCAGUUGAUAAACCAAUUUAAAUUGUUAUACCCCCUGAUAACCCAGCACCACAGUUUCUUAAGAAACUUACCCCCUUUGAACAUGUUGAAGUUGGGUUUAUACAUUUCAAUUUUGUACGUUACAUUUUCAUCUCUGAAGAACGGUUCAGGACAACUUUGUUGCAAUUCACUUAAUGAGUAAAACAUCUUUUUCAUAAGAGUUUGUUUUGAAAAAAUAAUAAGUUCAAAUGCAAUUAAGUUUGAAGUUAUGAUCAAAGUGAGCUAGGAGAGGUUUGCAAGGGGUCUGGCUUUAUUAAUGAUCACUGCUAAACCACUUGCAGGCCUCUCACAGACUUACUUUGCCCAAGACCUUAAACUUACUUGCAGGCAAAGUACUUGUGCUGCAGCACUGAUAGCAAGGGCAUGCUCAUAAGCUAGAAAUUUAAUGUCAGUUGUAACAUUUUGCAUAUGAGUAUGAAGUGACAUUGUAACAUUGUUGGUGUUAUUGUAUGCAGUUGUAACAUGAUUGUCGAUCAGUGUUACUGUUCUCAGGAAGUUAACCCCCAGUUUGAAAAAAAAAAAUUCCUGAGCAGUGUGUUGAGUAUUUGUGGCAUGAAAUAAAUUUAUCAACAUUUGCAAAUGGCUACAGGAUUUCAUUAUCGUACUGUGAAUGACUUGCGUAGAAGUGAUGUGGAAUUUUUCUCCCAGUUUUGAGCACAGAGGAGCUCAGAGAACUAAAGAUGGAUUAAGCUCACAUCAACACAUGUCUAUUACAGUGUAAUUCUUGCAGUUUUCAUGAUCACUGUCAUCACCCCAAUAAUUACCAGCAUCAACCUUGUUAUCAACAUCAACAUCAUCAUCAUUAUUGUUAUCAUUGUUAUUCCUGUCAUUAUCAUUAUCAAUACACAAGGAGGGGUAAACAUUGACUGCUUCAUGGCUUCAUUCUAUGCCCCCAAAAUACCUGUAUUUCUGUCUAAAGUUACUUCAGAGAAUACAUUAAACAAGCACAUUUUUAAAUGUUACCAAAGUUUAUGUCUCACGUUUAAUAAAAUAGAA